AUGAAAUUAUUUCCAGCUUUGGCUUUUUGCUUUGGAGUAGAAUUUGCGUCAGAAGAGGUAUGGAAGGAAUACAAUUCCGUGACGGCGUCAAUCGAUCGCGGCGAUGUGUCAACCUUGCCGAUGCUACACAUCAGGAGCUGUUGCUUGAAAGUGAUUGUUUCGAGUUGCUCUGCGGAGUUCGUUGAUAUUCUGCGUCGAGCAUGCGGAGGCCAUGGCUUUAUGAUGUCGAGCUGUUUUCCGAAACUUUAUGGGCAAACCACGGCUGCUUGUACCUACGAGGGUGACAACACGGUCUUGUUACUUCAGGUGGCUCGAGGAAUUCUCAAGCCGAGCUUCAAAUGGUCAAAACCUGUGACUGGAAGUUUAUUCAUACCGGCCGAAAAGAAAGUGAACCUUGCUUCAGUUCCAGGAAUUUUUACCACUGUCGCAAGAAACCGGGUGGAAGCGUGCCAGAUUGAGCUGGACCAGUUGCAAAAGUCGGGUUUGUCGACUGAUGCCGCUUGGAAUUCAAUGGGAAUGCGUUUGAUUGCAGCUGCCGAAUCAUACGGGAGACAGGUCGUAAUGGACUCUUUUGUUGCCAAACUUUUCACAGCUUCGGUUUCCCCGGAAAUUCUCCGAGUUUUGAAAAGCUUAUGCCGCCUUCUUGCCACAUCCUGGAUCCGUCGAUAUUCCGGAGAAUUCAUUACGUAUGGUGGCCUCACAGCAGUGGACAUCCAGCUGAUCGACGAAUGCCUCGAAGCCGAGUUGAAAGAAAUCCGGCCGAAUGCAGUUGGAAUUGUGGAUGCGUUUGACUUCAGGGAUGAAAUAUUAAACUCAGCCCUGGGCUGUUACGAUGGCAAUGUUUACGAGCGACUUCUCGAAACUGCCAAGAAAAGUCCACUCAACAAGAAGGAUGUUCCAGAUGCUUUUGAGAAGUACCUAAAACCGUUGAUGAUGCAAUCGAAACUGUGAACGGCGAAUUUGACCUGUGAUGCAUUUAUUUUCGAUGUACAUUUGGCAAUCGGAUUUGUGGUGCUUCAAUAUUUUAUCUAUUUUUGGAUUUUUUUUUUUGCUCGGGUUUAUUUCGCAGAUUUUAUAUUUUGCUCAGGGGGGCUGGAAUUUUAUGGUGUUAUUGCUUUAAGAUGUCCGUAGACUUAAUUAUUGGUUGUUUUUUCGUCUGUGGAAAUUGAAGACUGAAAUUGAUCGAUCAAUGCCGAUUCUGAGAUCUCAUGUUUGUGAACUUGCGAUGGAGUGUGAAGGCUGUUACCUUUGCGCUUAGAUUUACAUCUUGAAUCAGCUAAUGCCCUG